UGAAGAUUGGGAACUCUUCUUAGUUUAUUUGAAGGUGGAAACUUCCUCUGAGAAAAGGCACCUCAUCCUCUCUCUCUCUCUCUCUGUGAUAUGGCUCUCCUCUGUCCUCGAAUCCCAAGCACCACUGCGCCCAACGACGCCCACUUUUCAGGUGGUGGUAGCAACCUCCUCAGACUUCCUCAUUUCCACCGGUUAAGGCCUUCAGCCGAUCAUGGACUGCUCUGCUGCUCCACUACCGCCAACACUCGCCAUUAUAACCGCCGCCACCACCUAACAGCGCAAAAGUGUACGCCGAAGAUAACACAAAGCAGAAUCUCAAAGUUCAGUCAUGUCGUUGGUCUUAUGGGAGUCAUGGCACCAGGAUGCUUCCAGCCCGGGCCUGCAAGAGCGUCUGCAAUGUCCCACCUUGAAGCUGACACCAUGUUGGAGAAUUUGCAGCUACUAGCCCUUGCAGACCUGGAUCCAGCAACAGCCAAGCUGGGGAUCACAAUCAUAGGUCCCCUGUUAUCUGCAUUCGGGUUUCUGUUCAUCCUGAGAAUAGUCAUGUCUUGGUAUCCCAAGCUUCCAGUUGGAAAGUUCCCAUAUGUUAUCGCUUAUGCACCCACCGAACCGAUUCUCAGGCAGACGAGAAAAUUGAUCCCGCCCGUCGGCGGUGUGGAUGUCACCCCUGUGGUUUGGUUUGGCCUGCUCAGUUUCUUGAACGAGAUAUUAGUAGGUCCACAAGGGCUUCUUGUUCUUCUCUCACAACAAAUGUAGACUAUGACUCCCAAUGUUUUAUCUUUUCCUUUUCUGUUUCCUUCUUGACUUUUACAUUUUCAGUUGCGGUUUCCGCGUGUAACAUGGUAAAAUAUGUAACUACAGAGGAUGUGUGCUUCAUCAA